GCGCACACUUGUUACAGUGAACUGUCCUUUUAUCUUUGGCGGCCACUCUCUCAGCAAAGAUUUCGUCCCUCCCUCCGUUUCAUUUCAUUUCUCUCCAACACCUUCGCCUCCACCCGCUACAGAAACCCUAGAUAUUCUCCACUUCCUCCGUAUUCCCCGCUCUCGGUUCACAUAGUUCUCGAAUCUCGAGCUUCUUGAUACGAUUCCUAUCUCCAUCUCCGAGCGCGGAGGUCGCCCGACGAUGGAGGUUUCACUGACGAGAACCGCCGCCGCCGCCGCCGCCUCGACCAAGCAAGUAGAACAGCAGCAGCAGUUCGCUUUGGCGUCCCUGACUGACCUUACUUCUUGCUGUUCUUCUUCUUCUUAUGUAGCUUCUGCGGCCUCGUCUUCGCCGGCAGUUGCGACCUUUUCCGCCGAUGACGGGGUCGCCGAGCUGCGGUUCCGCCGAGAGUCCGAUUCCGACGGCGGCGGCGUUGUCAAUGUUGAUCUCACUACAGCUCAGUUAUGGAAGCUGGGUCCGACGCAGACGGUUUGCAUAUUCGGUGGUUCGGAUCGUGAUUCCAUUGAAGAGAAAUAUUCCAAGGGAGUCACUGUUCAGUUUAGAAAUGAGGAGGAAAGCAGGAUCUUCCAUUGUGCAUUUGAGCAAUGGAAGAAGAAAGGAAUCAUUACUCAAGGAGAAUCUUUGCCUAAUGGAACAUUGAGUAGUAAAAGCAAGUUUGAUGACAAGAUAGAGCCUUCAUCAGCCAAAAUGUAUUUCCAUUAUUAUGGCCAGUUACUACACCAGCAAAAUAUGCUCCAGGACUAUGUCAGGACAGGAACCUAUUAUGCUGCAGUCAUGGAGAAUCGUGCAGAUUUUUUUGGUCGUGUGGUGGUGGAUGUUGGCGCUGGUAGUGGUAUCUUGUCAUUAUUUGCAGCUCAGGCUGGGGCAAAGCAUGUCUAUGCUAUUGAAGCAUCUGAGAUGGCAGACUACGCCACAAAGCUUAUUGCUGGCAAUCCAGCACUAGGUGAAAGGAUCACGGUAAUAAAGGGUAAAGUUGAGGAAGUUGAGUUGCCAGAGAAAGCUGAUAUUUUGAUCUCUGAACCAAUGGGAACCCUGCUGGUGAAUGAAAGAAUGUUGGAGUCCUAUGUAAUUGCAAGAGAUCGGUUUCUUGCUCCCACUGGAAAAAUGUUUCCAUCUGUUGGAAGGAUACAUAUGGCUCCUUUCAGCGAUGAGUAUUUGUUUGUUGAAGUUGCUAAUAAGGCCCUUUUUUGGCAGCAGAAGAACUACUUUGGUGUUGAUUUAACAUCACUGCACGGAUCCGCAUUCCAGGGUUACUUUACUCAGCCUGUUGUAGAUGCUUUUGAUCCAAGGCUAUUAGUAGCUCCCGCAACAUAUCAUGUACUAGACUUCACUAAGAUGAAGGAAGAGGAUUUGUACGAAUUAGAUAUCCCCUUGAAAUUCACAGCCUCUGUUGGCACUAGAGUGCAUGGACUGGCUUGUUGGUUUGAUGUAUUAUUUAAUGGAAGUACCGUGCAAAGGUGGCUUACAACUGCCCCUGGUGCUCCGACGACCCACUGGUAUCAGCUACGCUGCGUCCUGUCUCAGCCACUCUAUGUGAUGGCAGGGCAAGAGAUUACCGGCAGUCUUAGGUUAGUUGCACACAGUGCUCAGAGUUACACCAUCCACCUCACAUUGUCAGCAAAAAUGUGGGGGGUAGGUGCCGAACAAGGUGGAAUACUGCAGACCUCGUCAUGCAAACUUGAUCUGAAAGAACCAUACUACAGAAUGUCCCAACCAUACGCCAUGCCACAGGAUCAACAACCUCACCAAUUGGUACCUACACAGGAUGUACACAUUCAAGCAGAUGACUUAGAUGAUACAGAUUUGAUACAGCCGUUGCAAAAUUUGGAAGCUCAGCUCCCGUAAUAGGCUCGGCUCUGUGUGACAAUAACGUAGAUUGUGUUCUUCUGUAACAUAGAAUUGUAACCUACUGGCUCUGGAAGGCCAAUGUUUCCCCUCCUCAGAGUAAUUCAUUUACUACCCUUUUCUCCAAAAUAUUUAUGAGGUGAUUCGCUUUGUUGUGUUUCCAGUUGGUAUGUAGAAUAAUGGAAUCCUGUUUUGCCCUAAGUUUUGGUUCUUGAACCGCAUUUGGUGAAAGUAAGAAAAAAUUGUGAGAAUGCAUCUGUAUUGGUGAAUAGAGUCCUAGUGUUAGUUGGUGACAUGAUUCCAUAUUCAACUUUUAUCCAUGUCCAAUCUGUCACAAGACGAGUAUCAGUAGUUUGUACAAUUUUCUCUAAACACUACAAAUCAUCACAAUCCUGCUCCUUCUCGAUACUCAUAGUUCUCAUAUCACUUCACAAUCAACACUUCCAAUGGAAGAACCCAUCAUCAUUGAAGCAAGUAUCCGAAAACGGUAAGGAGGGAGAUGACUAUGAAAAAUCUUUUCUCUCGUAGAAAUGAACACAUGAACCUUAG